AGGAACGAUUCUGGUUGCCGCUUCACAAACUGAGCUCCUUUAGACGAGAGGAAGGAAGAAAAUGCCGAAGCAAAUCCAUGAAAUCAAGGAUUUCCUUCUUACAGCAAGAAGGAAGGAUGCCCGUUCUGUCAAGAUCAAGCGAAGCAAAGAUGUGGUGAAGUUCAAGGUUUGCUGCUCCAAGUACCUUUAUACACUUUGUGUGUUUGACUCUGAGAAGGCUGACAAGUUGAAACAAUCUCUUCCCCUUGGUUUGAGUGUGCAAGACCUGUGAAGAAGGAAACAGAGUUUUGGCCUUAUGAGAAUUAAGGAUCUAAUUUUACGCCUUUCUAGGUUGGGUUUUUUUUUCUUAUGAUUUUUGAAAAACAUUGUUUUGAUUUUACCGUACAGCCAUAUGACCGGUCAUAUUAUAUGGUAGUGAGUGUUGGGCAAUGAAAGAGUCAUAUAUGUCUAAGAUGAGAGUUGCGGAGAUAAGAAUGUUAAGUUGGAUUAGUGGCCAUACUAGACUAGAUAAAGUCUGUAAUUAGAGUAUUAGAAAAAAUGUAUGAGUAGUGCCAAUUGAGGAUAAGUUGAGAAAAGGGAUAUUGAGGUGGUUUGGUCAUGUGAAGUAUAGACAUACGGAGGCUCCAGUUAAAUAAGUAGAGCACAUUGGGUUAGAGGAUAAAAGAAAAGAAAUGGUAGACUUAAACUGACUUAGGGGAGAGUAUUACAACAUGACUUAGAAGCAUUACACAUUUCCGAGGAUUUAACCCAAAUCGUUUACAGUGGAGAAAGAGAAUCUAUGUGGUCGACCCCAAUAAAUUUUUGGGAUAAAGGCUUAGUUGAGUUGAGUUGCAUUGUUUUGAUUUUGUCAGUCAUAUAUUUGUAUACUUGUGGAGACUUGAGACCUUUACCUAAGUAACUUAUGAUCAUGAGCUUUUAGAUUUGUGGUGUUGGAGAAUUCAAAGAUUGUGGGAAAUUAUUGUUCUUCUUUUUUUCGUAGAAAUUAUUGGUAGCCUCUUUCUGUAGGGUAUGUGAUUCCUUGAUA